AUGGAGGUGCCCCUGGGCCGGCGGGCGUGGCGGGAGGUGUGCGCGGCGGGCGGCUGCCUGCCCGCAAGCGAGCUGGCUCGGCGGCUGCAGGUCCGCGACGGCUCCGGCCGCCUGGCCCGCGCGCUGGCGGACGCCAAGAGGUUCGCCCUGGUGGCCCGGGAGGAGGCGGGCGCGGCGGCCGGGGGCGGCGAGCAGCGGGUGGCGGUGGGCAUCACCGGGGCGCGCCUGUGCAAGGAGCACGGCGGGGGCCGGUGCGCCGGGCAGUGCCGCCAGCUCCACCUCUGCCGCUACUUCGUCUACGGCGGGUGCCGCCAUCAGGGCACCAGGAAACAAUGCAGAUUCAUCCAUGACAUUCAUUCACCACAUAAUUUGAGUGUCCUAAAAGAGCAUGAGUUGGAAAAUUUGAGCAUUGAAGAAUUACGUCAGCUGCUGCUUCAGAAUGAUCCUUCGUUCCUGCCUGAGAUAUGCACGUAUUAUAACAAAGGGGAUGGACCCUUUGGUUCUUGUACCUUUAAGAAGAUCUGUGUCAAACUUCACAUAUGCCAGUACUAUCUCCAGGGAUCAUGCAGGUUUGGGAGCGACUGCAGACGCUCACAUAACAUUUUUGACUCUGAAUGUUAUGAGAAGUUGGAGAAGUGGGGAAUGAGCCAAACCCUGAUUGGUAAGCUUCCCUUGAUCUACAGGAACAUGUAUGACAUCAUACAUAGCACAACAUCAACUCGCAAAGCAAGAAAGAGCAGUGGUCAGACCCCAUUGACGACAAACAGCGAUGAAGAAUCAAAUAUGAUUUGCUUGUACCACAUUAGGAAAAGUUGUAGCUUCCAAGAUAAGUGUGUCCGAGUUCACUUCCACUUGCCAUAUAGAUGGGAAAUCUUUAAUGGUGUCCAUUGGAAGGAGCUGCCUCUUAUGGAGGACAUUGAAAAGCACUACUGUGACCCCUUUAAUAAAAGGUUUAACUGCAGUGGUGUUGGAAAACUAGUCAUUGAUUUCUGCAGUAUGACGUGUGACUCAAACUCAGUCAGACGCCUCUCCACAGCAUCCUCAGUGACCAAGCCUCCUCACUAUAUCCUUACUACUGAAUGGCUCUGGUACUGGGAAGAUGAGUAUGGGGUGUGGCAUGAAUAUGGGAAGCAGGAUGUUGACCACGAUGCUGCCUCAGUAUGCAGCCUUGACCUUGAGAAAGCCUAUCAAUCUGAAGCGUCUCCAACACUCAACUUCACAGCCGGGAAGCACAGCUAUGUGCUUGAUUUCAAAACCAUGAAACAGAAAAACCUGCGUUACCUGACAGAACGAGAUGUUUCUAGGCGACCUAAGUUUGUCUCUUUAAAAGAAAUAGAGAAGAAGAAAACCAGAGGGGCUGAGUUAUUGAAGCAAGGCCAAGGACCUACAAAUAUUCCAGCGCAUUGGGACCAGUCCGCCUUACCAGAGCUUGGAUGUAAGCUGAUCACCCUUCUGUCAUCGUCUAAUGAGUUCAGAAAGGUCCAGGUGAAUUUUGAGCGCACAAUGUCCAAGGCAACAAUUAUAAGGAUCAAGAGAAUUCAGAAUCUGGCUCUCUGGGAAGUGUUUCAAUGGCAGAAAGAACAAAUGAAGAAGGCAAAUGGAGGAAAGGACGUAGAUGAAAGACUGCUGUUUCAUGGGACGGCCAGAAACCAUGUUGACCCUAUCUGCCAGCAGAACUUUGACUGGAGGAUCUGUGGAGUUCAUGGGACCGCCUAUGGCAAAGGAAGCUACUUUGCAAGGGAUGCUUCGUAUUCUGAUAACUACUGCAAACAGGAUUCCAUCUCCAAGACAAUAUUUCUGGCACGGGUAUUAGUGGGGGAAUUUACCAACGGUUUACCUCACUAUCUCCGUCCUCCUGCCAAAGAUAGCCAGAACACUAUUUUCUAUGACAGCUGUGUGAAUAGCACCCAUAACCCGUCCAUCUUUGUCAUUUUUGAAAAGCAUCAAAUUUACCCUGAAUACCUGAUUGAAUAUUCCACUUAGGUUGAACUUACUGUAGACCAUUGGUUGCUUUUCUUUCUGGUUUACAGACUACCUUGCAGAAAUCUAAAUGAAGACUCU